CUUCCUGCAGCAGCAGCCCCAGCGAGUGGCCGCGGGCUGCAAGGGUCCGAGCCCAGCGGUCGAGAGAAGCGUGUGUCUGUCCGUGGGUCCGGGAGCCCCCGUGUUGUGUGUGCGUGUGGUGUGUGCGUGUGAGUCCGCGAGGCGCAGGCGAAGCCGGAGCCCCGGGAUGCGGUGGCUGCUCUCACCAUGAGAUACCGCGGCGGCGGCAGUAGGAGCAGCGGGAAGGAGGAGGAGAAGGAGGAGGAGGAGGAGGAAGAGGAGGAGGAGGAAGAAGAGAAGGAGGAGGAGGCGGCGGCGGCAGUGGUGGCGGCUAGCGAGGGAAACCUCCCUGGCUGGCUCUGUGUGAGGAAGAGUUUGCCUCCGGAGCAGCCCGGCCUCCUGCAGGACUGGAGCAGCGGUGGGAGCGGGAGACGCCGGGAAAGCGGUAACAUCCACCCCAAAGGUCGGAGCAGCGGCGGCGGCGGGGACGGUGGGAAUAGGAGCAGGAGCAGGAGCAGCCGCCGCCAGCCACCGGGUCCGACCAGUCCCAGCUCUCGGGUCGCCUCGGCCGACAGCAGCAGCGGCAGCUGGAAGAGCGCGAUCCCCGCCAGGCUCGAGGGCUUCUCCCAGCAGCGGCAGCGGCAGCUGGAGCCCCCCGAGUCCCGCAGUACAGCUAGGAAAAACUGUGUAGAAAAUCUAAUGGAUGAAGAUGAGAAGGACAGAGCAAAGAGAGCUUCACGAAACAAGUCUGAGAAAAAGCGUCGUGACCAGUUCAAUGUUCUCAUCAAAGAACUUAGCUCCAUGCUUCCAGGGAACACUCGAAAACUGGAUAAAACUACAGUGCUUGAAAAAGUCAUUGGAUUUUUACAGAAACACAAUGAAGUUUCAGCACAAACAGAACUCUGUGAUAUUCAGCAAGAUUGGAAGCCUUCAUUUCUCAGUAAUGAAGAAUUCACCCAGCUGAUGUUGGAGGCAUUAGAUGGCUUCAUUAUUGCAGUGACAACAGAUGGAAACAUCAUCUAUGUAUCUGACAGUAUUACACCACUCCUUGGGCAUUUACCGUCAGAUGUCAUGGAUCAGAAUUUGUUAAAUUUCCUUCCAGAACAAGAGCAUUCAGAAGUUUAUAAGAUGCUCUCCUCUCAUAUGCUUGUGACUGACUCUUCCUCUCCUGAAUACUUAAAAUCUGACAACGAUUUAGAGUUUUAUUGUCAUCUUCUCAGAGGCAGUUUGAACCCAAAGGAAUUUCCAACAUAUGAAUACAUAAAAUUUGUAGGAAAUUUUCGAUCCUACAACAAUGUGCCUACCCCUUCUUGUAAUGGCUUUGACAAUGCAGUGACAAGGGCUUACCGCUCACCACUAGGAAAGCAAAUCUGCUUCAUCGCAACUGUUCGUCUGGCCACCCCCCAGUUUUUAAAGGAAAUGUGCAUAGUUGAAGAACCUUUAGAGGAAUUCACUUCAAGACAUAGCCUGGAAUGGAAAUUUUUAUUUCUGGAUCACAGAGCUCCACCAAUCAUAGGAUAUUUGCCUUUUGAAGUGCUGGGUACUUCCGGCUAUGAUUAUUAUCACAUAGAUGACUUAGAACUCCUAGCCCGGUGCCAUGAACACUUGAUGCAGUUUGGCAAAGGAAAGUCUUGUUGUUAUCGGUUUCUGACCAAAGGACAACAGUGGAUAUGGCUCCAGACCCAUUACUACAUCACCUACCAUCAGUGGAAUUCCAAGCCAGAGUUCAUUGUCUGCACACACACUGUAGUCAGUUAUGCAGAUGUUCGAGUGGAAAGGAGGCAAGAACUACCUCUGGAAGAUUCAGCCUCUGAGGUUGUCGAUUCUUCAACACUAAAGGUACCAUAUCUCUUGGACAAGGGGGCAAGCUUGGAUCCUCAACAACACUUUAGUGCACUUGAAGUGGGAGCCUCUGUCCUUAACACUAGCCAGUCACCAUCGGCAUCUUCAAGAAGUUCUCAUAAAUCCUCCCAUACACCCAUGUCUGAGACCGCCUCCACUCCAACCAAACUGAUCACAGAAUCCAGCACCCCUUCCUUGUCAAGGACCUCCAGCCUACCACAAGAAUUACCCAUGCAAGGGCUCGGCCAACCUGCUACAAUGCCUGCUUCUCUGCCUUCUCAGUCAUCUUGUGAGCUUCUUACACAGCAUCUGCUGCCUCAGGCUGUUUUGCAAAGCCCACCUACACCCAUGACACAGUUCUCAGCACAAUUUAGCAUGUUUCAAACCAUCAAAGACCAGCUGGAGCAGAGGACUCGGAUCCUGCAGGCCAACAUUCGGUGGCAACAAGAAGAACUGCAUAAAAUCCAGGAGCAACUGUGCAUGGUCCAGGACUCCAACCUUCAGAUGUUUUUACAGCAGUCAGCUGUGUCUCUAAGUUUUAGCAGCAUUCCAAGACCUGAGUCUCAGCAGCAACAGCAGCUACAGCAGAGGUCAGGAGUAGUUUCCCAGGCACAGCUUGUACCUAGUCCUCAACUUCCUGGGCAAAUUGCAACUUCCCAAAUAUCAAAUCAGCAGCUGCUACGGGAAUCCAGUGUGAUAGCAAGCCAGACAAGAGACCUGACAGAAACAGAGCGAAAUGAAAAUAUCCUUCAAGGGGGCAACUAG